AAGUCGAAAGUUUGUUUACGUUUUUUACCGCACAUGUGGUUCUGUGUUCGGAAAUGAUCGGCAAGGGAAUGAAAUACUUAAUAUGGUUCGCCCACGAACAUGUGCCCUUCAGAAUGCCCGAGCUCGAUGCGAUUGCAUCGAUGUUUGGCAUCACUGUCAAGUUCAUAGAGCAGCCGAAAAAAGAGCCGUACGCUAUUGUUGAACUGGCGUCAGAAGAGGAUGCAAAGAAACUUGCGUCGCGAAGUGUGUUAAUACGGUCUGUCAUUGAGCUGUGGGCCCAUGCUGGUGAUAUUGACGAUGUGUGUGACCAGGUGAAAAAGUUUCCGGCGAAGUUCUGGGACGCCUACAGUGGCGAAGACCAGUCCUUCAAGUUCAGUGUUGAAAUAUUCGGCAAAAGAAAAGUGCCUCGGGAAGUCAAAGUGGAAAAGAUAGAGAAAUUUGAUUUUCUUCCUCUGAAUGGGCCAAUUAAAAUGGAGAACCCUGACCAUACGUACCACUUGAUUGAAUACUAUGGCAUUGUUCCCAACUACAUUCCAGAGAAGCCACAUGCCGUGUUUUUUGGACGAUGGAUCUGCGAUGGCCAGAGGUUUCUGAAGAGCCAUCUGUCACUCAGGACGCGCAAGUUUAUUGCUAACACGUCAAUGGACCCCACUCUGUCUGUGAUAAUGGCAAAUAUGGCGAGAGUGCAGAAGAACCACAUUAUCCUCGACCCAUUUGUUGGAUCCGGUAGUCUGCUAGUCCCUGCAGCCUUCUUUGGAGCAUAUGUUUUGGGCACAGAUUUGGACUACCUUCUUCUGCAUGGCAAAGCCAAGCCAAGUCGUUGCAACGAGAAGCGAAGGGCAGAUGACGAGAGCGUGCAGGCAAACCUGCAGCAGUAUGGAUGCGAACAGCGCUUCGUGGACGUCGUCGUGGCAGACGCAUCGUUACCGCUGUGGAGGUCUGAAAUGCGGCUCGACGCCAUCAUCACAGAUCCUCCCUAUGGAAUCCGUGAAGCCACAGAAAGGAUAGGCACACACAAGACGUACGAAAUCCCUGGUCACUUAGCGGCACAGCAUAUCCCAUCCAAGGUUGCGUACUGCCUGAAGGACGUCCUAUGCGACCUCCUCAACUUUGGUGCCCACCACUUGUGCCUCAACGGAAGGCUCGUGUUUUGGAUGCCCAUCUACAAUGAGGACUUCAGUGAUGAAAGCCUCCCGCAGCAUCCCUGUCUGAAGCUCAUCGCCUACAGUGAGCAGUCAUUGUCCAAACACUCAUCACGGCUACUAAUCACCAUGGAGAAAACGAGGGAACCCGACGAAACAUCGUGUGCAGUCAUGUCUUCCACGGCAGAGAGGUUUAGGGACCGAUACUUUGCAGGAAUGAAAGGCAAAGCUGAAGAUACAAAGAGUUGACACUGUUUCUGCCAUUUUGUCUUGUCAGGUUUGGAGGAUACGGCUGUUUUCAAGUCAUCGAAGUGCCAUUUUUUCAAACUCUGUGAAGUUGAUAAUAAAUUGUUGUUUUUAGAAAACA